CUGCCAGGGUUCGAUUAUAUCCAAUCAGUCAUGCGAAUAUCGCCAAUCUUCUCGUCAACCUACAGGUUGCGCCUCAUAGUAUGGACUACGCGCCACAACACGAGCGAUACAAAUCCGAACCUCAUUCGAACCAGCUCAUCACCCAUGUAUUGCAGGGGUUCCGCGACCGAAGUGCGUAUGCAUGCUGCGCGCCAAAAAAAAAAAAAACAAGCCUCGAAGGGACAUCGACCAUCCUGAUCCGUCCCACCAGGCGGCAGCUACAUCUCAUCUCCUGGAAAUAAUCGAUUUCCAGGCCUCAGUUUCGGAUGUCUUUAAUGAUCUGAAGGUUCCGAUCGCGUAUCGACGAGGCGGGGCUAGCCGAAUCCCUGGCCUAUCCGAUGGGCAUGUCAUCGUCGCGGUGAAUGUCCACAUGGGUUUCAGAAUUGUAGCUCAGCUGCUGUGGAAAAAAAUAUAUAUAUUUUUUUUUGCAAUUUUUUUUGGCUUUACGUGCCUUCGGACCCUUGUUCUCCUCCUGAAAUUCCCUCCCUCUUGCUCGCUUGUCUUUUCUCCCUAUGCUUUAUUUCACGUAUGUCGAUUGGAAACGUAGUAAAAUUACAAUACCAAAGCGCACCUGACCUGGCAAAAUUGUGCCCUGAUAUCAUUUACUUGGAUACACUAAUGCCAC